AUGGGUACUCAACCUACUCAAUCUCUCCCAUCUUUUGCCCAGGCAUUCAGCACCCCUUCCCUGAGCCGGAUAUCCAGCAGCAGUAAUGCUCUCCCACCGAUACAGCGGCGUCUGUCACCUCACGAUAGUCAUGGUUCACCGUCUGCGCAGGAUCCUCCACAGCCACCCGACGAACCUUAUGUGAAUAACGCGAAUAACAAGAAACGAUUGCAUGCUGAGACGUCUUCCCCGAAGAGCAAUGAUGAAGGUUCUGAUUCAGAUGGACGCCGAUCCCCACGGAUUGUGCGGAUAAAAGUGGAAGCAGAUUACGACACUUUUCCAUCCUCCUCGCAGUUGAAGACAAUGUCACAGACGCAUGAGACAGACUCUGCCGUUGCACCUUCCCCGUCCUAUAGCAAGCCACCAACGUCAAAGCGACGGCGAGUGACAAUCAGUGGCAACCUCAGUCCUAUCAAUACCGACGUGAGAACUCCCUCGGACAAUGUCAACAAAUCUAUAUCCCCUGUCGUCAUGGGUUUUACUAUCAAGCGAGACGAUCCUGUCGCGUUGGAACAAGUGCGCUCCAUGCUCACGGUAAAGCAGCAGCAAAAGGAGCUUAUCGAACAAAGACGAGGGAGUACGGCUUCUAUUGUCUCUACAGGUGCACCGCCUGCAGUAAACGUGGUGAAUCAUCUCCCUCCAUCCGACGAGCGUCCAAAUCCCCUCAAGCCUAUUGCGCCUGCGAGGACACCAGCGCGUAGUCCAAAUUUCCCACCUGCAAAUACGGUAGACCGCAGACGCUCGAUUGCCGUGAUAUCUUCGGCACCUCCGCAGGGCCAAGGGACAUCUUCAUCGAGUGCCCGACACCCUAGUCCCAACACCGUUAUCGCUCCAGGCCCACAGCUGCAGCCCCCGCCCCCGCACGCGCCGUCAGGGACCCACACAUUUGUUUACACCACAAAUCCUCCUGCUUCUUCGCACACGCACGCGCUCCCCCCGCCCCCAAUCAGCUUUGCCCGCCGGCGUGCAGGGCGGCAGCUAGGCGGCGCCAAGAGCAAACCGGCGGAUAUCAUGAUCAGUCCGCGAGAUCCUCAGUCUCAGCCUGCCAUACAGAGCGCCCCGCCGGUACCACGCGCAGAUCAAGGCGUGCCAGGCAGAUUCCCUCCCAUGGCGCUUCCUCGGCUGCCGCCGCCGCUUACUGGCACCUCUCAGCGACAAACGGUGGGCCGGGUGCCUCCUACGCCGACGCGCUUGAGCAUCUCCCGCAGUGCACAAGCCCCAGGGCAUGUAGCCCAACCGAGUGGUAGUAUCCUGAGUCGGCGAUCACCUCUGAGUGCCUCCGUUCCUAUUGCCACGUCGCUUGUGCCCCCCACACCCUCGGCCUUGCACCGACCUGGUUAUUCGGGAGAGAAAUCCGCCUUCCUGGCACCGUUUGAGACAUUCUACGAUGCGCUCGCGGACUCAAAGCAGUUGAAGAACUGGCUUGGGGAGCAGCUGCAGAAGUCGCAGAACUUGACGGCGUCGUUACAACGUCAGCAAGAUCAGCUGGAUGAGAUGGUCAAUAAGGCCGUAGAGAAGAAGGCGUUGGCUAUGAGGGAAGAGAUAUACGGCCUUCAUCGACGGGUGGAAGAUCUGGAGCUUGCGCUACAUGUCGCCAGAGGCGGGCACUCGGUCCACAGUCCGGGAUCUACCUCGGCUCAGGGUAAGGGAACUUUGAACGGCGCGAGCUCCGUGCCAGUGGCACCAGAGUCGUACACAUUCCCGCCCGUCAACCCGCUUGCCAAGGUACCGGAGUUUACGAGGCGGGCACCCUCGCCGGAGCCACCAGAGAGGGACGGCCGGAGUGGUACUCACAGUUUUCCUGGCUCACUGGCGCCGUCGCCCAUCCCCUUUGAUGUCAGUAAACGUGUCUCCGUCUCGGCGAUGCGCCUCGAUCCUCGUUCUCCUGCAGCAGUCAGCGCGGAGGUGUCGUCGUCGUCGCGAAAGCUGCCUUCGGGUUCCAAUCUCCAUAGUCAUAACCAUAGCCAGGGUGAGAGAUCAGAACUUCAGGCCCCUAGCUUCUCAAUACCCUUUCGGUAUAUUACGGCGGGCGAGCGGACUUCUUCCAGGGACUCGAAGGCUAUUCCGUCUUCAUCGAAUCUUCAUCGCCGGACGUCAUCGCAGCGAGUCGCAGCCGAGGCCGGCGGCGACGAAAGGUCCGAGGGGAGUGUUGCUGCAUCUCAUAGAGAGUCAGUCCGGUAUGGCUCUCCAAGGAAUCGUGGACUGUCACCGCUGGAUGAGGAAGACUGA